AGGGACAGGUCAGUGCCAAAACCCAGGUCCCUGUGAUGCCCAGCUCCUCCCGCCUGGCCUGGGCCCAGGACCCCUCCCUGGCCUGCUAGCUCUGAUCACCCUGGCACCCGGAAGUCAGCUCCUUCCGUUCCACCAUGACAGGGGCCCGAGGUCUCGAUGUCCUGCUCUGCCUGCUCUUCCUCCUGCUCCUGGACCCUCUCGGCACUGAGGGGGGCCCCCCUCCUCGGCGCAGGUUUGAGUACAAGCUCAGUUUCAAAGGCCCAAGGCUGGCAUGGCCAGGGGCCGGGAUACCCUUCUGGAGUCAUCAUGGAGAUGCCAUCCCAGGCCUGGAGGAGGUGCGGCUGGCACCAUCCCUGAGGAACCGCAGUGGUGCUGUGUGGAGCAGAGCCUUGGUCCCCUUCCCGGCCUGGGAGGUGGAGAUGCAGAUGCGGGUGACCGGGCCAAGCCGACGGGGCACCCAGGGCAUGGUCGUGUGGUACACCCAGGACGGGGGCCUCGUCGGCUCCGUCCCCGGGUGGCUGGCUUCGAGGGACGGUGUGGGGAUCUUCUUUGACUCCUCCGCAGAGGACACCCAAAACAGCCCUGCCAUUCGUGUGCUGGCCGGCGACGGGCACAGCCCCCACGAGCAGCUUAGCGAUGGAGGUGGCCGGGUGCUGGGCUCCUGUCACUGGGACUUCCGGAAUCGGCCAUAUCCGCUCAGAGCACGCAUCACCUACUGGAGACAGAGGCUUCGCGUAUCAGUGAGCAGCGGUUUCACCCCUAGUGACCCAGAAGAGGUCUGUGUCGAUGUGGGACCCCUGCUUUUGAUGCCCGGAGGUCACUUUGGGGUUUCAGCAGCCACUGGUACCCUGGCAGAUGACCAUGAUGUCCUGUCCUUCCUGACCUUCAGUCUGAGUGAGCCUGCUCCAGAGGCUCCCCCUGAGCCCUUCCUGGAGACAGAGCAGCUCCACCUGGCCAGGCAGCUGGAAGGGCUGCAGGCAAGGCUGGGUCUGGGCACUGGGAAGAACACGCGUCCACAGCCAAAUGCCAGAGCCCAGGAAGGAGGGGAAAGGCUCUUUGACCUGCAUGAGAUGCUGAGCAGACACGGCCGCAUCCUGCAGGCCCUCUGGGGUCUCUCUGAGCACCUGGCCCAGGUCAAGAAGCAAUGGAAGAAGCAGCUGGGGUUCCCAGCCUGGGCCAGAUCUCAGGUGGGAUGGGACUCUGCCAAAGUCAGCACCUUGCUUUGUGGACAGCGAACUCUGCUCCAGAGCCUGCAAGAGAUGAGGGAGGCUGCUGCCCACAUGGCCUUGGAGGCCCAGGUUGUCUCUCUGCCUGUGGGCACCGAGCAUCACUUCCUGGAGCUGGACCAGAUCCUGAGUCUCCUGCACAAGGACCUUCAGGGCACAGGGAAAGCAGCAGCCAAGCGCUCCCGGCCACCUGGCUGGCACCCAGGAACCCCCGCAUGCCUGCGGCCUGGCAUCUUCCUGCUCUUCCUCCUCAUCCAGACCGCAGGCUUCUUCUACUAUGUGAACUUCAGGCAGGAGCUGGACAAGAGACUUCAGGAGCGCUGGUUCCUGGGGAGCCUCCCUCUGGGUCCUGCACCAGACGUUCCCAGGGUGUUGGGGGUCCCGAGGAGGCAGCCCUUCUCCUCCAGCACCCAUGCCUGACUCACAUCCAAGCCACUUCUCAUGGGGAAGUAAGUGGCAUCUGGGGUACGGGCAACUUGGUCUGUGUCCUCUUCCACUGGGUGUCCAGCUAUGCCCUGACACUCCCAAGCCCCACCUUAUUAAAGGUGACUUCUCUGUC